AUGAAACAGUUGAAGUAAAAGGAGUAAGAGCAUCAAAUACCAACAUGGAUUCAUCCCCAAGACACCCAGACGAUGAUGUCAAGAGGGAAACACCAGCAGUCACAGAUGCAGGAUCCUGUCCAGUUUGUCAUCUGAUAGCUGGAGUGGCUGUUGGCAUGGCAACAAUAAUCAUCUUGACUGGACUCCUUUUAUAUUUGGGGUUAUUUGCGGCGCAAGAGGCGGAGCAGACUUCCAAAACUUCAGCAAAGGAGCUGAUGCAGCGGCUGCAGCAGUGUCAAAAAGAGCGCCAUGAUCUGAACCUCAUGCUCCAUAUUGUCACUCAAGACUCCAGAUGCAGUGUGUGUCCAGUCAGCUGGCUUUGGUGGAAGGGUCACUGCUACUUCUUCUCGGUGGGACUUCAGGAGAAUCGUCAGUGGAAUGAGAGCGCUGAGUUUUGUCGGGGACACAACAGCAGUCUGGCUGUAAUCAAGGACUCUGCAGAGAUGGAAUUUAUCCAAGGUGUGAUGAGGAAGUUCCCUCAGCUCCCCUUCCUGUGGGUGGGACUGACAGAUUCCAAGCAGGAGGGUCAGUGGCUGUGGUGGGACGGGACGGACAUCCAGCACUACAUGCAGGUGACGGUGGAAUGGGAUGCUGGUCACAGAGACUGUGCAGACCUGAGGGGAGAUGGGAGUCUCUUCGCUGCUGAGUGUGAAGCUUACGGACCCUGGGUCUGUAAGAGAGCGUCCUGAGAGGCUACACACAGAUCCACACACAUUUUAUAUUUCUUUAUUUACAAUGAUCUGGCAGAGGACUGAUGUUUUUCACCUUUUUUAUGCCAAAAACUUAAUCAUUGUUAAAGAAUUUGUGCACACGUGGUCAGUCUUUAAAAGGCCAAAGUAAAGGAACUGUGUGUUGUUUUUGUUUUGUUUUUAGAGCUUCAUAUUUGUAAAUCUACCUGUUCUGUAGAUAAUUAUAAUUUUCCUCGGUAAUAUGUUUAUGAGAAAAAAUAUCAAAAGUCAGAGAAAAGUAUAUAUGCAAUAUGCAGAGUAUAAGAAACAUUUAUUGUGUGCAUUUGUGAAAGUGCAUGUCUGUGUGUAGAUGCAGGACGUGUUUAUACUUUCAUGUCUACAUGUAAACAUAAAUUUAGGAAUCAGCCGAGCUGAUUCUUUUAAAAUUCUGUUACAUAUUUUUGUAUGUACCAAAAUUUAGUUUUUGGUACAUUUUUUUUUUACAUUUCAUGUUUUUCAGGGUUUUCUUUUUUAGAGUGCUUUGAUCAGAUCUGGACCCUUUUUCUGCCAGUAAUGUAAUAUCAUUAGCACUUUGAUAUCGUUCAGUUUUUAACUGAAGGUUAACAGAUUUUAAAUUCAAUUUAAGGAACAAUAAGAGAAGUCAAGUUCUGAAUAUUUAGUUUUGAAAGUUGCAGCCUGUGAAUUUUCAAUCUAACUGGUGACUCUGCUUUAAAAAAAAAAGAAUCAUAUCUUGCCUGUUUUGUGUUUUUGUACUUUUU